AUGAGGUUCGGGCAGCAGCUGCGUUCGUCGCUUAUCAAGGAGUACGCCUGGCAUUACAUUGCCUAUGAGGACCUGAAGGAUGCGUUGAAGACGUCAUUUGAGACUGAACCGACGCCCGAAAACCCUUCGCCAAAACGCAAGCCAUGGACCGAAGAGGACGAGAGGCGGUUCGUCGCUCUGCUGGAGAGCGAGCUCGACAAGGUCUUUACCUUUCAGAAGGUGAAGAGCGAUGAGAUCGUUCGACGCAUCAAGGCUAGCGAUAAAGAAGUGAACGAGGUGGUUGGGCGACUUGACCGGUCGACUGCUGCCGGCGGUUCGGUGAGAAACCGCCAGCCUCCUCCCUCCGACGAGGACUUUUUGCUGCUCGAGGAAGACCUGAGUGAUGUUAUUGCAGAUGUCCACGACCUUGCAAAGUACACGCAGCUGAACUACACCGGUUUCCAGAAGAUCAUCAAAAAGCACGAUAAACAAACCAGUUGGUGCCUCCGACCAGUUUUUGCUACUCGAUUGAGAGCAAAGCCAUUCUUCAAGGACAACUACGAUGCAUUCGUUGUCAAACUGUCUAAGCUGUAUGAUCUUGUCAGGACAAAGGGCCAUCCUGUGGAGGGAGAUAGCGCUGCCGGAGGGUCGCAGCAGAACUUCGUUCGACAAACCACCAAGUACUGGGUCCAUCCCGACAACAUUACUGAGCUCAAGCUUAUAAUCUUGAAGCAUCUGCCCGUCCUUGUGUUCAAUGCUUCAAAGGAAUUUGAGGAAAGCGAUGCAGCCAUCUCUUCGAUAUACUACGACAAUCCCGAGACCUGGGAACUGUAUACUGGGCGAUUGAAGAAGAGUGAAGGAGCUGAAGCUAUUCGUCUCAGAUGGUAUGGCGGCAUGGAGAACGACCAAAUUUUCGUUGAGCGUCACCCCCCAUCGCGAGGAUUGGACCGGAGAGAAGUCCGUCAAGGCUCGGUUCCUAUCAAAGAAAAGUACGUCAAUGCCUACUUAGAAGGACGUAUGACUGUGGAAUCGAUCUUUGAAAAGGCACGCAAGGAAGGAAAGAAGAGCGAAAAGCAGAUCGCGGACUGGGAGCAGCUAGCUCGAGAAAUCCAGUACCGUGUUAUCACCCGGCAACUCGUUCCCGUGAACAGAUCGUUCUACCAUCGAACCGCCUUCCAGCUUCCUGGCGAUGCCAGAGUUCGUGUCUCUCUAGAUACGGAACUCACCAUGAUCCGAGAGGACAAUCUUGAUGGCCGCCAACGCUGCGGCCAGAAUUGGCGCCGAAUGGAUAUUGGAAUCGACUAUCCAUUCAAACAGCUACCCGCUGCCGAUAUUGAGCGCUUCCCUUACGCCGUUCUUGAAGUCAAGCUCCAGACCCAGGCAGGCCAAGAACCCCCACAGUGGAUUAAAGAGCUUACUUCAAGCCAUUUAGUCGAGGCUGUGCCGAAGUUCAGUAAAUUCAUUCAUGGAACCGCAACGCUCAUGCCGGAGCGUAUCAACCUGCUGCCCUUCUGGAUGCCCCAGAUGGAUGUUGAUAUUCGCAAGCCUGUCACUCCAGGAUUUGGUAUCGAACGCCCCGUGCAAUCUAACCAGUCCACUAGCGAUGACAUGCUAGAGGAUGAUGAUUCUGAUGAUGAAGGUGGAAUCCGAGUAGAUGGUACAAACGGAACCACUCAGGCAAAUGGCGCUGCUGGAAACGGUAUGCAAUACCAUGACAGUCAAACGAACGAGGCCAAUGGAUAUGCUGCGAAUGAAACCCAUGACAUGGUUGCUCCUGGUAACCUCCUUGAUAUCGAGGAGCGCAUUGCUGCUGACGGCCUCCUUGGCGGCAAUGACUACCCACUAUAUGAUUCUGAGGACGAGUCUAAUGCCCAAGACGAGUUGGAGGAGGCUAGACAGGUUGGUGGCUUACAGUACUACUACAAGCUUGCCAAGUAUCACCUCAAGUCUGCUGGCCGCAACACCAUCUACUACUUGGGCUAUAUCCGUCCGUUCCCCCAACCUACUGAGCUGCCCGAAGGUGCUGGUGGUGGCCGCAACCGCCGUAUCCUAGGAGAUGACAUACAGGUCAAGAGGUUUAAAGCCCCCAAAGGAAAGAGAAUCCAUGUACCAGUCCGAGUUGAGCCGAAGGUGUUCUUUGCCGUUGAACGUACGUUCCUCUCAUGGCUCGAAUUCUCUCUCUGGGUCAGCGGUAUUGCUAUCACGCUUCUAAAUUUCGGACACGAUAAUAUCACCAUCAUCACUGCUUGGGCGUUCACCGUUAUGGCUUGUCUAUUGCUUGUCUACAGCUUCCUGCUCUACAUGUGGCGAGUUGAUAAGAUCCGCAAACAACGAGACGUCAAGAGCGUGUACCAUGAGAAAUGGGGCCCAACCAUCCUCUGUCUCGGCGUGGUCGUCUCGGUCAUCAUCAACUUCUCCUUAAGAGCCAAAGCCGGCGGACUGUUCGGGCCUGGUGGAAGUACUAAUAAUACCGGUACGUUGGUGAUUGCUAGUAGUAAGUAG